CACACAUGCGCAGUACGACACAGCACUUUACUUCCUGACGUCUCUGAGUGGGACUUCGGGUCAACAGUACCACUGUGUGGAUGAUUUCUCCCGUGUAGGAAUCAAACAUAGACCCGCUCCUGCCACACACCACGGACUAUGUUCUCCUGCUAACCCGGGCCUUCCGUUGUGGAAGACCCGAUGUCGCUGUCGCUCCGCGGUGCCUUCUGAAUCGCUGACGGCCCGACGACAACCGUGGCCCGGCGUGUAGCCGUCAUGUUCCCCGUCCGGACCAGCCUCUUUCUCCUCCCGCUGCUGCUGCUCCUGUUGUCCGCGGUCAACGUGCACUCUUCCCAGGGCGACAAGGAGCCGGUGUACCGGGACUGUGUCAAGCAAUGCGUCCGUACCAACUGCACCGGAGCUCGGCUGCGGGGCUUCGAGUCAAGGCAGCCGCCGUACAUGGCGCUGACAGGAUGGAGGUGUGGUGAUGACUGUCGGUACCAGUGCAUGUGGACGACCGUGGGUCUGUACCAGGCCGAGGGGUACCGGAUCCCCCAGUUCCACGGAAAGUGGCCCUUUGCUCGCUUCCUGUGUUUCGAGGAGCCUGUCUCUGCGCUAGCGUCUCUGCUGAACGGCGUGGCCUGUCUCCUCAUGAUGCUACGCUACCGCGGCACUGUGCCUCGCCAGAGCCCCAUGUACCCCACCAUCACAGCCUUCUCUCUGGUGUCUCUGAACGCCUGGUUUUGGUCGACUGUCUUCCACACCAGAGACACCUACCUCACUGAGAAAAUGGAUUAUUUCUGUGCAUCUGCCGUCAUUCUGUACUCCAUAUACCUGUGCUGCGUCAGGACUCUGGGUUUGAAGCGUCCGGUCGUCUCCAGCCUGGUGGGCGCGCUGCUCAUUCUCGUCUUCACCGCCCACGUCUCCUACCUGACCUUCGUCAGCUUCGACUACGGAUACAACAUGGCCGCAAACGCAACCAUCGGCAUAGUGAACCUGCUGUGGUGGCUGUGCUGGUGCUGGCAGAACCGGCGGACCCUGCCCUACUGGUGGAAGUGUGGAGUGGUGGUCCUGUUGCUCCAUGGCCUGGCACUCCUGGAGCUGCUGGACUUCCCCCCGCUGCUCUGGGCUCUGGAUGCCCACGCCGUCUGGCACCUCAGCACCGUGCCCGUUCACUUCCUGUUCUACAGUUUCCUGAUAGACGACAGCCUGCACCUCCUCAACACAGAGAAGAUCGGAGUCAAGCUGGAGUAGGAGGGGCCUCUCACCUCUUGAACAUGCCCUCUCCCCUCAACCCCUCCAAUCAGGGCAUCCAGACGCCAGAACCAGGAAGGAGUGCCUCUCCAUGACAACCCUGAUCCCUCCCCCCUCGAGGAAGGCUCUGUUUACACUUUUCUUGUGUGUGUGUGUGUGUGUUUUUAAUUUUUCUAUAUAUUCAGUUUGGUUUUGGAGGCCUUGAAUCUGAACUGAAGGGGAGGCUAUCAACCGGCUGUCUCAGACCCCUCGUAAAUUGACGAAAGAACCGUUAAGCUCACAUAUCACAUUUCAGCCUCACCUGCCACCUUAUAAAGCUUUAAAAUAGACUCCCACUGUUAGCUCUUUGUUCAACAUAAUCACAGGCCAUGGCUUUAUCUUCCAACCUUAGCGCAGUUGCUAGCAUUAUCUGGCCGGCAGUUCAGUUAGGUUGAGGACAGGGCGGCCAUAGACUAAGGAGGGAUACAGGGGAGUGGGUGAGGGCGGGGAGGGGAAGGAGGGCUGGUUGGAGGAAGUUAGAGGCUUUUCUUACACCUUAUUAUUCCAAUAUAUUCAUAUCACAAUUUAUUUGAUAUGUUUUGCCUUUAUUUAGUUCUGGUGCUUUUCUUUCUGCUUUGAACAUGAAUCUUUAUGCCAUUUUUUUUUAUCAUACACGUUUAUCAUUUAUGUUGAUUCAGUUCUGAUGUUCUUUUGAAUUCACCUGGGCUGCCUUCAGUGAAAGAAGAAAAAGGGAUGUAGCUUAGCCUGACGUGGGUUGAUUGGCUGAACCGUGAUUGUCCCGCCCACCCUACAGGAAGUGUAUGGAUGUACUUCCUGUUGUCUAGUUAGCUGUAAUCAGGAGUCAUAUAUGACCGCAGCCCUGAAGAUGGCUCACCUGUGUGUGUGUGUGCGUGUGUGUGUGUGUGUGUGUGUGUGUUGUGCUCUUCACUCUAAACCGCUACAUCUGUGAUAUUCCAUUAUAUCAUGCACUUUACACAUACCUGUACCAGUACGCAACCAUACCAGUACGCACCAGGUGUACCAGAGUAGAACGCAUGUUUGUGCUGCCCGUGCCUUUCCUUUUUGAAAGAAGUCGUUUUUGUGUGUGUGUGUGUGUGUGUGACAGAGUGAGAUUUAUUGGCUGAGGACAUUUUCGCCUAGCUGAGAGUUGAAAGGGGAGGGAAGGCAGUAUUUACGGAAGUGUUGAGGUGGUUCUCAUAGUGACAGACGACCAUAGCAUCAGAUGGAGCAGAUGAUUGAAUUGAGUAUGUCCUGUGAUGGUUUGCUGAUCAGGUAACAGUCCUGACAUUGUCCUCCAAGACCGUUGGAGGAAGAUACUGGUGGUGAUGAUGACGAUGAUGAGGAUGAUGAUGAUGGAAGGAGUGAAGGAGGGAGUGAACAUGGCCAACGACUCCUGUACCUCUAUCAUAAACGUAGCCACCUUCUGAGGUGUGAUGAAGACCUCACUUCCUUUCUCCUUUUUCUACAUCGUUAUGUUGUUAUCACUGCCUGCGGCCCCCACCUCCUCUUCCCUCGUCCCUCCCUCCCUCUUCCCCUCGCACAUGAAAACUUUGAAAAAAAUGUUUGAAGAAAUGGGACAAAUAAAGGGUUCUUGUUUACCAAA